AUGAAGGUGUUCGUUGUGAUUUUAUGCUUAGCAUCAGCUUCGGUCUUGGCCCAUCACGAAGAGGGUCAUGAGGGACACGAGGGCCAUACCCACAACCAUCACAUAAAUCAUGAUGGCCAUGACUAUACCGUCAAGACCAAAGAAGAUUUGGCCAGAUUCCGUGAAGAAUGCGGCAAGCAGUUGAAUGUCCCCGCCGAUAAAUUGGAAAAAUACAAGUCCUGGGAAUAUCCCAACGAUGAGGUGACCCGUUGCUAUAUGAAAUGUGUUUUCGAGAAGUUUGGCUUCUUCGAUGAGACGCAUGGCUUCAACCCUUAUCUUGUCCAUCAUCAAUUGGCCGGUGGUCAUGAACCUAUCGAUCAUAGCGAUGAAAUUCAUCAGAAGAUUGACAUGUGUGCCGAUCAUAAUACCGAAAAAUCGGAUGCUUGUACCUGGGCCUAUCGUGGCGGUAUGUGCUUCUUGCAGAAUCAUUUGAAAUUGGUGCAGGACAGCAUUCACAGUCAUUAA